UCCCUAUUUACUUCUGCAGCACUCACUUUUUAGCGCGUGAACAGAGUGCCGCUCCAUAUGAUGUCAUGUUUUGAUAUGCUAAUGAGAGCUACGUAAUUAACACGCAUGCCAGGCGUGUGUGAUAGAGCGUGUGAGCAGGCGUUAAACGUUUCGGAGAAUAUUGUUAUACUGGAUGAGAAGCAGAAGCGUGGGGAUUCUGGCUGAUCUCCGAGCAACACGAGGAUUUCAGCUCCACCUGCCCCCUAACCUGUGGCGUGUCCGGGAAGAUUACAUGGUUUCAGAUUUUGGAAGCACAAAAGGAGGAAGAAGAAGAGGAGGAGGAGGAGGAGGAGAGAGAGACACACAGAUAGACACCCAGAGGUGGAAUGGAGGUGAAGAAGCACACCUGUGAGACACUUUUUUCCUGGAUAUACAGAAUCUCCAUGCUUUUGUUUACAGUCUCCUCUUCUGAGCCUAAAAUUACAGGAUGUGAACUCCUGGAGCAUGAAAACCUCACCUGCUACUGGACUGCACACAGUUCGGGAAACACCAGUUACAUGAUGCGGGUUAACACGACCAAUUGUGUGCAGCAUAUCUCUACGGCUUCUUGUAACACCACAUACACGCAGUGCUUUGUGAAAAUCGGAUCAGUGUCUCAUUGCUUCUGUGUGGACGUGCUUGUGUUCACUUCCUCCAUAUCCACCAGAUAUCCACCUUACUGCUUCAACGGGAUUAAUGAAGUUAAACUGUACCCACCGCAAAUCACAACGCUUGCCACGCUGCCAGGAAAUGCCAGUUGUCUGAAGUUGGAGUGGAAAGAGCCACGAUCUGAAUAUGUGCCAUCCGAGAAAAAACAUCGUGUCCUACAGAUAGAGUACCACACUCCACAGCAGGCCAACUUUCCUAAAGUGAACACAGUCCUUCAUGACUGGCAGAUGGACUUGUGUGGCUUAUAUCCAGGAACGAAGCACUUUGUAAGGGUUCGCGCUCAGGACUUGAGAGCAGCGAAUCACUGGAGUUCCUGGAGUGGUUUUGCAGAGGCCACCACAGCAGAGGCUGCCCCAGUGGCCACUCCAGAGCUUUGGAGACAUAUCCAGCCAGGAGACAGGAGCAGACAGAGACGUAUCACCUUGCUCUGGAAGCCUCUCCUGUGGCCACACACUAAUGGCAUGAUCGUGCGCUAUGCCGCAGCUUGCUGGAAUGAGCCGGACUCAUCCUACUGGGACUGCGGACAUCUGGAAUCUUACAGCACUUUUUGCGUCCUUUCUGUCUCCACUCACGCAUGUAACUGCAACUUGACUGCUUUUAACUCAGCUGGAAAGUCACCAUCAGCUCACAUAUACAUACCUGGAGACAGGGAUGCAGAGCUUCAACCCCCUGAAAGCAUCAGUGUCAAUUCUUUGGAUGACUUCCAGUUGAAAGUGGAAUGGACAGCAACAGUGAGACAAUCAGAUUCCAGCUUUGUGGUUGAGUGGUUUCCAAUACCAAACAACACAGUGGCUGGUUUGCACUGGAAAAUCCUAAACAGCACUGAAAAAAGCUUCAUAAUUACAGAAGGAGUGUAUCCCAAGAUCCCAUAUAAUGUUUCUGUUCGGAUUCUUCAAAAGAACACUGCUGGAGCUGCAAGGUUUGCCAUUGCCUUCACCAGACAAGGAGCGCCCUCUGCUGGUCCAAAGCUGGACGUGCUACAAACCUCAAGUAAUGAUGUGACUCUGAAUUGGAAGCCUGUUGCUCUGGAGAAACUGUGUGGAUUUAUUCAAAACUACACUGUCAUAUAUAAAUACAACGGUAAAAUAAAAGCUCAAGUGCUUAGUGGUGACGUCGAGCAGUUCUCUAUGAAAGGUCUGUCUCCUGGACAGUAUAGCAUGUGUGUGAAGGCCCAUACACUGGCAGGAAGCGCUGAGAGUCUAUGGGUCAAUGUGACUGUAGGUAGUUUUCACGUACCAGUGAUGGCUAUAGUGUUGUGUGCUAUUGGGAGUUUGUUGGCUUUAGUCAUUUUGCUCAGCCAGGCUGAAAGGAUUCAGCAGUGUCUCUGCCCAAUUGUCCCUAACCCAUCUAAGAGCAGCCUGUCCACCUGGCAUCCUUUAUGUCCACAUCAGCACAAGCUACCUAUUGUGGACUUCAAACCAUCUUCCUCUCUCUUUGAGCCUCUCUGCAUAGGAGGUGGAAUAACAGCUCAGCCUAGUCUUCACCACCAUGAGGACCAGAAGUUUAAGGCUUUCAGCGUGCAAACAAGUAAACAAGUUCAUAAACAAGUUUUACGAGUUACUGAGCAAACAUUGAGUGAACCAAAAGUUGAAGAACUCACCAGUGGUCUAACCACCGACCUCAGCUAUCAGAAUGCUGUUGUGGAAACUCUACAGUACUGUCACCAAUUAUCUUCUAGUUGUCCAGAAGUUCCUGACCUUGGGACACCUCCGACAGAUUCCGUUUUAAAUAACAGCAACAUUGUACCAAGCUUAGAGUUCACGUAUGAAAGAUUAGCAUCCUGUUCUGAAACCUAUGUCUCCUCUGAUGGUCGAGGACUCUCCAAGUCCUGUCUCAGAGCGAACACACCAGACCCGGACAAUUUAUUCAAUAGAACGAGUGCUGUAUCCAAAUUAAAGGCCUAUUGCUACACCCAUGUAUCUACCAGUUAUCUCCCAGAUGCUGAUCCCUAUAUUGACUUUAGAACAGUGGCGGAAAAUUCCAACAAUCUUAUCCAAAAAAGUAGCCUUUUUUCAACACAGGAGUCAAGUUGUUACAGCCAUGUUUCAGCAAGUUAUCUUCCUGUCCCUGAGCCAUCCCUGUCUUACACCGAUUUUGUGACCAUGAACAAGGCUGAUUUUCUCAAUCAAAGUAGUCAUAUUCCCCAAAAGAGGACUCACGGUUACAUUCACGUUUCUACCAGUUAUCUACCACUUUCCUUGACUCAUUCUGAAGCAAAUGUCACUGACAGUAUUCAUGAAAACCAUUCAGGAUUAAAGUCCUGCAUCUACAACCAUGUACAGAUUAGCUAUCAAAAAUCCUGUCCAGAUUUUGAAAUAGAGGAUGUUUAUAGAUCUUUGAGUCCUGAAGAAUGUUCUCAUUCUUUGCAGUUUUCCAUACAGAAACAACAAGGUGGUAAUGGUGUCACAGCAUGAAUGUAAAAGAAACACAAUAUACAAACAUAGAUUUACAUGUGUCAUGGUUUGCAAGAUGUUGCAUGAUGGUGUAUGAAGCAACUGAUUAGUGUGUAGCAGGGGACAUUUGACAUGAAGCAGUGUAUAUGUGUGUAGGUCACAACCAGAAAUCACACCUCAUUUUGGUUAUUUUCUAACGCACAAAGUUGAGAAUCUAGUCCUGGUUUGCUAGUAGGGCUUUUUCAAGGUUAUGCUGCCUUUAGGUGCUUAUCAGAAAAUGUGAACAAAUGCAAUUAUGAAACUCUGAAAUGUUUUUUCCCCCACAUGUAUCCUUGUCUACCUCAGUGUAACUUUUUCAAAUGUACUUGUUACGUUAAUAUCUCCUGAACUAAUUUUUUUUACGACUUCAAAUCUUUUUUUUCCUAAAUUUUAACAUUUAUUGUCCCUCCAAGUUGCUGUAUGUCAUCGCUUCUAUUGGAGAGAAUAUCAACAGUUUUUACCUCACUACAGAACAGAACAUAGCAUAUCAAUUUUGUCGUUUACAGUUUUUAGGCUGAAGGAGGAAAAGGAGAGGAGGAAGACGUCUACAGAGACAGCAAGGAAAGGAGAGUGGAGGUUAGAGUUGGUACUUAAAAUGUUGGUACUAUGACUGGUUAGCUAAUAUGAUUGAG